GUGGAAUGAUGCCUAUUGAUGGACUGGAUAAUUAUCUCCAUUCUGCUGAUUUGUGUGCUCUAUCUGAGUUCCGGAUAAUGAACAUUCUGAGCCCAGGGCCGACCCACUGUCGUGUGGUAUUGAGCCGUAUCCCCGAGGGUUUCCUAAAGGCGAUAAAAAAAGAAUGGGAAGCGCCGCGGAAGGGAUGUUUGAGUGGAGAACAGUGCCGAGAACGAGGGGUGCAGAUGUUGUUGCAGUGAGCGGGUGCCACUUUAUUGCCUCUUUUGUACUCAUUCGUCCAACCCACCUUUCGGUCCGUCCCUUUUUCACUUUGCAUCUCCUGCCCUUCACACCCACGCGUCUAGACCUCACUUCAAUCUACUUAAAUAUCCACCGGGAAGCAAACAUUCAUCUUUCCUUUCCCACCCUCUUCUUUCCUUCUCAACGGACCUUGGCCCUCUCCACCCCCCUCACUUCACCGACCGCCAUCCUCAUUUUCUACUCAAGCACCUACGCCAUGGUACGCCUCUACGCUGCUUUGGCAGGUCUGGUCGCAAUGGCCUCAUAUGCUCUCGCUGAUAUCACUUUCAACGUGGUCGGUUACCCAUCGACCCCUAGCGGCAGCUUCGGUGUCUCCAUCAGCGGCGCCAUCACCAAGCUCGCCAGUAAUGAAUCAACAUUUCCCGUCUGGUCCGGCUCCGUUCCAGGCACGACAUCCUCGGUCGCCUACCAAUAUGUCGAGCUCAACGCUGCCGGCGCCGCUGUCAAGACCGAGAGCUUCACACGCACCCUGAGCAACACUACCGACACCAAGACCUAUAACGAAUUCUUUGAACGCCAGACGACCAAAUGGACCUUGCCAAAUGUGCCUUACGCCUACCUUGCCACCUGGCCAUCGUACACCAAGGUCUUUGACGACGACGUAAUCGCGACCAUCCAUCUGACAGCUGACCCAGCCCAGAUGGCGGCCCUGAAUGCGAAUCCAAACCAGGAGUCAGACAUCCGCGUCAACUUUCGUUGGAUUGACCACCAUAUGAUUUAUUCCCAGACCAACAUCUCCUUCAAGACAUCUGGCAAGUCGUCCAAGGACUUCCAGAAGCAAGCUUAUAAGCUGUCGUUCGAUACCAACCUCAACCAGACCUUCUUUUCAAGACCCAACAUCAAGCUGCGCUCUGAGGUCACAGACCCGACCUUCAUGCGUGAAAAGGUUUACAUUGAUAUGCUGAAUGCCGUCGGUGUCCCCACACAGCAGGGCCAGUUCGUCCGUCUCUUUGUCAACAACAACCCCGUGGGGCUCUAUCUGAUGGUAGACGACAUCAAAAAGUCGUUUGCCAAGCAGACUAUCCACGGCGGAGAUUCUAAUGUAGUCCUUGGUUCACUUGUCCAGAUGAAUGCACCAACACUGGACAACCAGGCUGACCUUGUCUACAAGGGCACCACCAACACAAGCUAUGAUCCUUCGGUCUACGCUGAUGUCAACCUUGGCAACAAUCCUCCGACUAUGCCUCUGGGCCAGCUAAUCCAGUUUAUGGCCGACUUGGAGGCCUUUGAUCCCGUCAACACCGCUGACCCUAUCGGCUACUGGAACAAUACGCGCUUGGAUCUCGAUGGGUUCUUGCGCAACAUGGCCAUGGAGUACCUCGGGGGUGCGUUCGACAAUUAUUGGAUGUCCGGCUCCAACUACUUUAUGUACUUCAAUCCCACGCUCGGUACGCAAGGCAAAUGGCAAUGGGUCCCAACUGAUUUCGAUGGUACCUUUGGCGAUGGAUACCCGACUUCGACCUUAUCCCCCUACCAGACGUUCUAUAACUUCCAACCCGACCAUCCCUUGGUUUCGAAGCUGAUCAUCAAGAACAGCGCCAUCAACGCGUUGUUCGAGCAGACCCUCAAGGACAUUGUGGGCUGGUCUUUCAAGCCCGACGGCCUCUUCCCCCGCAUCGCAGUUUACAACCAGAUGCUUGCCGAUGACUACAAGUGGGAUAUAUCGAUCAACCGCACGGGUCCCGGCAAAAUCAACGGCUACACGUUUGACGACUUUAACAACAACCUAGACAAUAUGACGAAGGACAUGUCCUACUCGCUCAGGGGUUGGAUCCACGACCUGUCGGCGUUGGUGGCCACGCAGCUAAACUUCACAGUCCAGCCCGGUACCGCUGAUCGAGUCCCACCUCCUCCCAAACCGACGCACGGUAAGGACGACAAUUCGUCCAGUUCGCCCAGCAAGCCUAAGGCCGCAGGCAACGCACCAUUGGCGGCCCCUGGUGGGUUCCUCGCCGUGCUGAUCAUUGCCGCGUCUCUGAGCGCGAUGCUGCUCUAAGCGCGCCAUAAACCCAUCAUCAAACCGACCGUUAAAAUAGAAAGGAAUAAAAAUAACAAUAAUAAUAAUGAUAAACGUUUUUGGA